AUGACACAAUUUCCCGGACUCGGGAGAGUAGUCUUGGUCAUCAUGGUAAGUGCUAUGGUAAUCGUCAAAACAAGGUUGAACAACAUGGCAAGUCAUUCAUUCCUUUCUGUUUCUGUGAUUUCAACUAAUUUCCAUUCAACCUCGACACACUUUGCGGCAAGAGUCAAACGCAUAAUGAAACGAUUUCACUUCAUCGCCAUAGGUCUAAGGCAUUCAUUUGGUAUCUGGACCUGUACCAACCAAGCUACAUGGCAGAUACUCUGCUCAGUGCUGACAGAAGUCUUUUCUCCUCCACUCUGCGAGCUGCUUCUGUCGUAUCACAUCAUCGGCGUUGUCAAGACCUUUGUUCUUGUCGCAGAAUCACGGGUGAAUAGCGCUAUACGCGCCAUCAGAGCCGAAGGCAGGUCACAGUGA